AACCCCGCCCCCUCCCUUGCCCGAAAACUGGGUUUCCUCCUCCUAGGUUCUUGGGUUGCGGCUUCUGGAAGCUGUUAAGGCACUGGCAGGGGCGGGGCCUGCCUUUCUCAGGGUGGUGGGUGGGCCUCUGGGGAUGUUUUGCUUCCUGCCCCAAGCCCAAAGUGCCACCGUGGCGUUGGUGGCGGUCUCCAGACGGGAACACUUUUGUCCCUGACAUCCUCGAAUUUGCAACCUGUAAUCCGGACCCAGAGAGACGCCCUACAGGGAGUCACCCGCCGGCCUCGCUGCGGCCGCUAGCCAGUUCCGACCUCUAAUCACCAGGCUCCUCGGCUGAUUCAAGCACCUGCCCUAUAGGGGGAGGAGGGUGGCCAGAUGUGGAUGGCAGAUGGAAACGCUUAUAGACUAGUCUGCGCCCCAGUGGAGAAACUGGGCGAACACAGCUGCAAACCGUCCCCGGAGGAAGCCGGCCCUGGGCCUGCUCCCCAGAAGCGCCCAUCCUUCACCGUACAAUUUCUUAGCACCAGUGCCCCUUCGUUUUCAUGCAGCUGUUUGCCGCUCUCAGGAACUAAAUCAGAUGAGACGGGUCUUGGGGCUCCAGCCAACAAUGUGAGCUCCUCGGGCCGUUCCCACCCCUACUCUCCGUCUCUGGUUCUCACACCGUUGCUUUCCCUGCUUCAGUGUCUGGUUACGGGCUGUUCAGUGCCCGCAUUGUGACUUGGGCUAGGGAUAAAGGGUGCCACCUACGCGCUGAUGCCCCGAGAGCUCACAGGGCUUCCAGCUAACCAUGCUGCACCUACUUUGGCGCUGCCCUUGCUACUACUAUUACUGGUGGUGGUGUGGACCCCGCUCCCCAUUAGCGCCAGGCCGUCCGCGGGCCCCGAUUACCUGCGGCAAGGCUGGCUGCGGCUGCUGGCGGAGGGCGAGGGCUGUGCUCCCUGUCGGCCAGAAGAGUGCGCUGCGCCGCGGGGCUGCCUAGCAGGUCGGGUGCGGGAUGCCUGCGGCUGCUGCUGGGAAUGCGCCAACCUGGAAGGUCAGCUCUGCGAUCUCGACCCCAGCGCUAACUUCUACGGGCGCUGCGGCGAGCAGCUCGAGUGCAGGCUGGACGCGGGCGGUGACCUGAGCCGAAGAGAGGUGCCAGAGCCGCUGUGUGCCUGCCGUUCGCAGCGCCCACUGUGUGGUUCCGACGGCCGUACCUACGCGCAGAUCUGCCGCCUGCAGGAGGCCAGCCGCGCUCAGCCCGACGCUAACCUUACUGUGGUGCACCCAGGGCCCUGCGAAUCGGAGCCCCAGAUUGUGUCACAGCCUCACAAUAUUUGGAACGUGACUGGACAGGAUGUGAUCUUUGGCUGUGAGGUGUUUGCCUACCCCAUGGCUUCCAUUGAGUGGAGGAAAGAUGGCUUGGACAUCCAGCUGCCAGGGGAUGACCCUCAUAUCUCUGUGCAGUUUAGGGGUGGACCUCAGAAGUUUGAGGUGACUGGCUGGCUACAGAUUCAGGCUCUACGACCUAGUGAUGAGGGCACCUACCGCUGCCUUGCCCGGAAUGUGCUGGGCCAAGUUGAAGCCUCAGCUACCCUGACAGUGCUCACAUUAGACCAGCUCAACUCCACAAGACUCUCCCAGCUGCAGUCCCUGAGCUUGGUUCCUGAGGAGCAGGCAGAGAGUGAAGAGAGCGAGGAUUACUAUUAGGCUCAUAUCUCUGGCACUCGC